AUGGCCCCAAGCACCCUCUCACACGGGCAUACGCCCAUCCACCCGCGCGCGCCCACCGCCAACCUGGUCUCCGUCAAGGUGCUCGUCAGCCUUAUCGGGCAAGUUGCCAUCUGCGGUGGGUUCCAGAUGUGGGCCUUCUACUACGUCCGCCGACAGGACUGGUACACGCCGCCCGUAAUUGAUCCGGAUGCGGAACUAAACUCGUCCAACCCGGAGAACUCGGCGGUGUUCCUCAUCUCUUCGUUCCAGUACACGAUUGGGUGCCUGGUCUAUACCACGGGCUAUCCGUACCGCAAGAACCCGAUCACCAACGUGUGGCUCAUGGCGAGCGUCACCCUCCUCCUCCUCUUUUCGCUGUACGCCCUGUUUACGCCGUCCGGCUUCGUCGCGGAUCUGCUCGGGUUGGUGCCCUUCCCGCGCUCGUUUCACAUCGUCCUCUCCAUCGCCGUCGUCAUCAACUCCCUCCUCAGCUUUCUCUUCGAAAGCGUCAUGGCCAAAUACGUUGUUCAACUUGUCAAAGUGCUUCAACGUCUCUCGAGGCGGUCUCGCCGCUCCAAGCGCAAACACGGCGCCAAGACGUACAAGGCCGUCGAACGCAGCAUGCAACACGACGGCGACGCCUGA